GAAAGUCUCUUACAAGCACAAGUUAAACAGAACACUUGUGGAAAGGCGAGGUGCACACAGCUGGCCCUGACUGGAGUAUAUAACGCCUGGAAUGACAGUGGCGGUGAAUGGAUCGCAGCGAAAACGCCCGACUGUUGCGCGCAACUCUGUUAGGAAUACUAAUAUGAUUUUACACCGCAGCCGCAACUAAGUUGGAGGAGUUUCCUGCAACUUCACGCUGGACAAAAUAUAAAGGGAUCGUCUGUGUAGUGCAUUUUUCUUUCUCUCUUUUGGAUACUCCAGAAAAGUUUUUGGUGUGAAAAGUGUCCAGAGUGAAUUUAACCGCCGUUCAAGAGAAGAAAGUUGCAACCUGUUGCUCUUUUUAAAAUCACAUGUUGUGUGUUAAACAUCCCACGGAUAUUUAGAACACCAUAUCAAGACAUUCUGGAUGCGCGCUGAACGCGCACAAGCACUUAUGACAUGCGGUUAUGGUGCCGUGGUGGCAGAAGUUAAAAUGAGGUCUUUUGGCGAGCAGUUGGUGCGCUCAGAAUGGCCCGGGAGGAUUCGGUGAAGUGUCUGCGCUGUCUGCUCUACGCGCUCAACUUUCUCUUCUGGCUUAUGGCCUUGUGUGUGUUGGGAGUGUCCGCCUGCCUCAGGGAUCAGCUGAACAAUGUGCUCACCUUAACUGCCGACACCAGACUGGAGGAGGCAGCCGUUCUCACAUACUCCCCCGUCGUCCAUCCUGUCGUCAUCGCCGUGUGCUGUUUUCUAAUCAUCGUGGCUAUGGUGGGCUACUGCGGCACACUCAAGUGCAAUCUGCUCCUACUGUCUUGGUAUUUUGGCAGUCUGAUGGUGAUAUUCUGCGUGGAGCUGGCCAGCGGAGUGUGGACGUACGACGAGCCUAUGGUACAGAGGUCUGAUAUGAUAAGUCUAAAGUCACGCAUGCCUCAUUUCGGCCUGCAGCGCUACCAGUGGCUCACACAUGCCUGGAACUCUUUACAAACAGAGUUAAAGUGUUGUGGAGUGAUCUACUUCACUGAUUGGCUGGAAAUGACAGAGAUGGAGUGGCCACCUGACUCCUGCUGCUCCGAUCAGUAUCCAGGAUGUGCCCGCCAAGCCCACUACCAUGACCUCAGCGACCUUUACCAGGAGGGUUGUGGUCCCAAGAUCUACGGUUUUAUCCGUGGCACCAAGCAGCUGCAGGUGUUGAGGUUCCUGGGCGUGUCGAUUGGCGUGGCUCAGAUCUUAGCCAUGACGUUGACUGUGACACUCCUAUGGGCUCUUUAUUAUGACCACAAACCACCUGACCCAGCAUCCCCAGAUGCUUUAAUCCACACGCAGAGCUCCGCAGAAGACGGCCUGAAGCCCAGCCACUCACAUCCACGAGCGUCUGAAGCCUGGGCCAAUGCGCCUGCUAACGGACACACCCAGUUUGAGAUGGAGCAACUUUCCUAGCAGUAACUUCAUGGUGACCCAUGGGCUACUUCAACACUGCAGAGACUAAAAAUGACACUGAAUGGAAGGGACAGCAGUGAACUGGACCAGAAAAUGGACCUUGUGGAAUGUGAAGUAGUUCUGGGUGCCUGAAUAACAAGAUUUAGAUGGUGUGAAUGGUUUUAUAGAAAAAAAAAAACUUUAUAUACCUGUGGAUAAAGUGGCUUUUUGUGGUCAUCACAUGGAAGAUCAAGAGGAUUUACUAGGUUCUUUUUAAAUAAAGCCACUGCUUCUGUCUCUACAGACUUGAAUUCUCCAGAGGGAGGUUUAUGGAAUGAACAAUUUUCGCUUAAAUCUUCCUUCCUCUCUGUGAAAUGGCCCGUCACCACUUACACUGACCUAGUUGCAAACAUAGUGAUUUUGGCCACUGUUUUGCCAUGUGAGACAAGCAUUGUAAGAGAUUUCUUUUAUCGCAGUCCAAAACUGGCAGUCUUUUAGCAUUCUCGUCACGCUAUGAUCACAAUAUACCUCAAGUUUGUUCAGAAAAAUUCACAAAUUCCUUCUUUCACUAAGCUACGACAGACUUCAAACACUCCGACUUUUUUUCUCUACAGGUUUGUGUGGUACUAUUUAAAUGUUUUAACAUUCAUAUGCAUUUAAAUGAGCUUUCAUGACAGUUUUGUCUAAGAUAUAUCAUACAGUGUGACAGACAAAACAAAAACAGUUUGCUUCAGCUUUUCUCAACAGGCUCAUAUUGUGAAAUCUGACAGUCAUAAAGGACAGAAAAAAUAUUUUGUGUCAAUCAAAUCAUUCAUAAUUUAAUGAUUCUCCAUAAUUCUUCGUUUUUUCUAUUUUUGUCACACCAUUGAACUCUAUAGUCACAGUAAAAAAAAUGGCCAUGUAAAUGUCAACGUCGCUGCUAAAAGCUCAUUGUAGAGAUUGUAGGAUACAUUUUCGAAUUGUCUUAAUUUAACAGCUCCGUGAUAUGAUUCAUAUGGACUGGUGCAUUAAAGUGUGUUUUAGAUCCCAAAAGUAGUAUUAAUUUUCUAUGCAGUAAUAGUCUGCACAUAAAAUACAUUAUAAGAUGUUUAAACUCUGCUGAAAGUUUGAGAAACCUCUUGCAUGUGAAUCACAGUGCAUUAAACACGUCAAGAUAAUGCUUUUCGAAUCCAAUGUGUGUUUGUUCAAGGCCUUAAUAUUUCAGCCAAAACCUAAACCGUACCCCACAAAAUUUGAAUUCAUUUAAUUUUAACAAUGGAUGAAUCAAAGGAGCAAAUUACAAAAGGUCUUGAACACCAACAAGUUUAGGGUGGGUCAAUAAAAUUAGAUUUUUAAUUUUAUUUUUUAUAUUAUUGUGUAAUAUGUGACCCUGGACCACAAAACCUAAAAACAAUAAGUAGAACGGGUAUAUUUGUAGCAAUAGCCAAAAACUACUAUACAUCCUAUUAUACUACUACUAUUUAUCCUGUUAUAAAUGUAUCAAAACUUAAUUUUUGAUUAGUAAUAUGCAUUGCUAAGGACUUCAUUUGGACAACUUUAAAGGCGGUUUUCUCAAUAUUUAGAUUUUUUGCACCCUCAGAUUACAGAUUUUCAAAUAGCUGUAUCUCGGCCAAAUAUUGUCCUAUCUUAACAAGCUUAUUCAACUUUCAGCUGAUGUAUAAAUCUCAAUUUUAGAAAAUUGACCCAUAUGAC